AGGUGGCCUCCUCCCCGCGAUUCCCGUGUGAAUUUGCUCUUUCUUCCCGGAUUUUUCGACUUUCUUCUUCUUCUUGGUUUGCUCUUCUUCUUUCUUGGCGGUCUGCACCCAUUCGGAGUCCGAGCUCAUCUCCGAGUCCAUGGCGCCUCUCGCCUUCGAUGGCUGGAACUGAAAUACUAGGCAUUAGCGCCACUUAUCUUGCUUCGAUUUGGUAAAUUUUGCUCGAUUCCUUCAUCGUGGAGUUGUGCUGUUCUUCGUACUGGAGGUGUGUCCUUUUUAAUGAUUGCUAAUAUUCUUGGAAAGCAGGCACGCCUGCCAUUGCUGAACUCGAUGUUUUCUCAUCGAUUGGUCGGGAUAUUGCCGUUGAUAGAUUCCCCUGCAGUGCUCCUUUUCGUCUCUUCCAUUCUCCUCUCAAAUUCGCCUUGACAUUUUGGUCGGCACUGUACUUUUGUGGUGGUGGCCACUGGCCAACAAUGUUCAGGCCUGGAACGAUCGCCUGUGUGGCUAAUUCGGCGCGCAUUUUGCUGAAAAGUUUGCGGGCUUUUAUCCUGUUUGCUGCUCUACCGGGUCACUGCUCUGCCAGUUUUGUCUCAAUUUCUGUGAUGCUUUCUGUGCCAUAGCUUUCAAAUGUUGGCUUUGGUAAGGAGGGGAUUGAGAUAGGUUGGGUUAUCUGAGUGCACACUUCACUAAAAAGUUUGGAUCCUUUUGUCCAUUCUGCUGUGAUUCCGUCGGAAUUUGGCAAUUUUCGCAUCGGGUGGAUUCUCCCCAGCUAAGCUACGAGCAAUGCUUCUCGGACUAGAGAAAAAUCAGCACAACGGGGAGGACACAUCGCCUGAGGCCAACGAUUCCGGCGAGCUGGACGACCAGAGGAGCAUGGAGUGCUCCACCUCCACCGAAAUGUCGAGCAACAGUGGCCACAGAUCAAGAAACCGAGCUCAGGACGACGACAGCUUCGACUCCGAGAGCAGCUCGUCGGGCCCGCCGACGGUGAAGAGGCCGGCGGCGGUGACCGCCUUGCUGCCACCGUUCUCUAGGCCGACGCCGUCGAAGUGGGAUGAUGCAGAGAAGUGGAUUUCUAGCCCCACGGCGAACCGCGGUGGCCGUGUGGGGAGUGCAGCUGGGGCUGCGCCGAAGAAAUCGGCGCUGGCAUUUCCUGAACAUGUAAGCCGGCCUCCAGCCGUUGCUAAGGUGGUUGCUGAGGUCCCCAUCAACACUGGAACCUUGGUGAAGAAUUCAGUUGCUCUCGCACAGCCUAUUUCAUUUAAUCCUGCACAAAGUGCUUCGAUAGUUGAUGAACCAGCUCCUGCAGUUAGGUCUGUUUCGAUGAGAGACAUGGGCACAGAAAUGACUCCUAUUGCCAGCCAGGAGCCCUCUCGGACUGGGACUCCUAUUAUAGCUUCUAGUCCAACCUCCUCUCGGACACCAACACCACAACGUAAUGCAGAAAUCAGUAUUGGUGAAUUUGGUCCAAAUAAGAUGGAAAUGUCUGAGGAGGAACUACAAAUGAAUACAAGAAAGGAAAUCAUGGAUCUUGGCCAACGGCUGGGAAAGACAACUAUAGCUGCAUGGGCUAGCAAGGAAGAGAAAUCUACAACAAGUUUCGCAAAUGUCAUAACCGACAAGGCUGUAGAAAUCGACAGAGAGGCUCGUGCUGCAGAUUGGGAGGAGGCAGAGAAAGCAAAAUAUCUUGCAAGGUUUCAGAGGGAAGAGGUAAAGAUUCAAGCUUGGGAAAACCACCAGAAAGCAAAAAUUGAAGCUGAAAUGAAGAGGAUGGAGGCAAAGAUAGAGAUCAAGAGAGCUCGCGAGCAGGACAGGCUUUCGAGCAAGUUGGCAGCUGCAAGGCACAAGGCAGAGGCGAGGAGGGAGGCCGCUGAGUCCAGGAAGAACCAAGAAGCAGCAAGAACUGAAGAGCAGGCGGCUCAGAUCCGGAAAACCGGGCACAUACCUUCCUCAAUCUCCUGCUGGUGCUGGUGCCUGUGAUUCUUCACUCUGCCAUGAUCAUCUGUUAUUUGGGUAGAAGAAAAAUACUUGCUCCUUGCACGACCAUGUAAAAUAUUCGCUACUGGUUGGUUCAUCGUUCAGUGAUCAAUGCCAAUGAGUCGCCAUUUUUGUCCUCU